AUGUCAGCAAAGAAGAAGGUUCAGAAGGAAGGCGACACCUUUCUAUCGCUUUCCUGGUCGCAUAUCCUGUUCCUAAGGGUUGCUUCGUUCUUGCCACUGAAGGGCAAGAGCUUUUCCCACCCUUUAAGCCUGUUGCUUCAACUCUGGGAUCACAUCAACGUCAUCGCGUUCACCUCGUUGUGGCAGGGCUACGGAUAUCGAAUGAUAAAACGCGGCGAAAUGGAGAUCGACUUCAUCUGUGAAAACAUUAUUACGAUCGGAUUCACCCUGAGGUACAUCAUUCUGUGUCUCAAUCGGGAACUGCUCUGCCACCUCGUCGAGUCCUGCGAGAAGCUCUGGGACCUCCUCGAGGAUGGUGAGACCGUCUUCGUGCGACAGUUUGAGCGCAAGGGCUACAACUUUCGGAAUUUUUUUUUCGGCAACUUGAUGUUCAUGGCGACUCUGUACACCAUAACGGCGGCGUUUGUUAAGCUGCCGCCGAUGGAACCUAAUGGUACCGAGACCAGGAUGCUUCCGUUCAGAUUUUUCAUGGACGUCCAGGAAAAUCCGGGGUACGCCGCCGCGUUCGUGUUUCAGGACGUUGUCGUUUUUUAUACGGACGUGAUAUUCGCCAGUGCUGAGACGGUUCCGCUUUAUCUGGUCCUGAUGGCUUGUGGGUAUUUGCGAGCAGUUCGGAAUCGACUUUUGAAGAUCGAAGGAAACGACAACGACUCUAGUGAGAAGGGAGAAGCUGCGUUGAAGGUGGUUGUCGGAUGUGCACAUUUCCAUCAGCAGAUCAUGAUAUACUGCGAAGAAAUAGGUCAGAUGACGAAGACGCUUUUCCUGGUCAGUUGCUUUGCUCCCAUCUACAAUGUCUCCAUCGCAGGUAUCAAGCUUCUGGAGAACGACGAAGACAAAUUCAAAUUCAUCGUGAUUCUGGUCUACAACUACUUUCAAUUCUUCAUCUGUCAAUGGGCACCUGAAUACCUGACGGAAGAAAGCGAAAGCAUCGCAGUAGCCGCCUACUCCGCGAGCUUACGACCACAGGCGCCGAGUCACCGACAGAAGAUCAAUGGAAUACUGUACUUCAUGAUAAUGAGAGCCCAGAAACCGGUGCAACUGACAGCUGGUGGAUUCGUUAACUUGUCGAUCCAGACUUUUGGAGCCAUGACAAAAAGCGCGUUCUCCUUCUUUACGGUUUUGAGAAACUUCAGCGGUUGA